AUUUCUUUUUUUCUAUAAAUGUGAAGAAGGGUAUUUAAAGUAACAAAAAGUUUUUUCCUUUAUUUCUUUUUUCUUUUCUUUUCUUUUCUUUAUUCCUACUAUCGCUGUCACUAUUGUCACUGUCUUCCUAACUCAUGUCAAUCGAGCAAAACAGUUUUGAAUUUCAACCUCCAACCAAUAUUCGUGCCAUACGUACUUCUAUCGCUCAACGUAUUAAACAACGUAACGAGAAAAAGCAACAGAUAUGCCUAGAUAAUGGUUUACCUUCUCCUCCUAUUGAAGCUUAUGAAAGUGACAAACUGUCGACAGACCAAGUGAUGGACGCACUUAUCGACUUAUCUUCUAAAGGACCAAUGUCUUCUCCUCCCUUGUCUCCUUGUACUAAAGAGCCAUCACUGGAUACAGAAGCAAUUCGUCAGAGAAUAAAGCAACUUCAGGAAGAAAAACACAAGUUGUUUCAGACAAUGAAGGAUUUAUUGUCCAAACAGCAACAGCAACAGCAACAGCAACAACAACAACAACAACAACAACAACAACAACAACAGCAGCAGCAGCAACAGCAACUACAGCAACUACAGCAUCAACCGCAACCGCCACAACCACUACAACAGCAACAUCAUCAUCUACCACAGCAUCAUCAACAGCAACAACAACAACAGCAUCAACAACGAUAUAACCGACUAUAUAAGGACAGGAGGCCUUCUUUCAUGCGUUCACGCAGUAGCAUAGAUCAUUAUCGACCGGUAUCUCGGUUAUCAUCAUAUCGCUGCAACAAUAGCAGCAAUAGCAGUAGUCAUAGUAAUACAUUUAAACAUUAUUUUAUUAAAAAUUGAAUGGCCGCAAUGGGUGCUUAUUAGCAAAUCUAUAGCUUUGUCCGGGUCAGAUCAAUAAAAAUACAAGAGGCUAAAAGCCUUUUUGGGCAUCAGAAAAAGAAAACAGUAAAAGAGAUACGCUAUAAAAGAUUGAGUCAGGGUAUCACAGUCUCGCUGGAACCAAUUAAGGAAAUUUUUGUCCAAGUCAGCGGGCACUAAUAGAGAUCAUCUAUUGUCACAAUAUGUAUGAUCAAGUUCAUAGAGGCUUUUAACCUAAAUUGAGAAGGUAAAAAAUGUUUUUGAACUAUUUGA